AUGUUGAGAAAACAUUCACUCCCUUCCAAUUAAUAAAAAUUUACAAAGAUUAAAAAUCAUAAACAACCUUGCUUUAAAAUAGACCUUAUUUUUUACCCUUAUUUUUCUCUAAUUCAAGCAACCUGUUUUGACCAUUGACAAUUCUUCUAUAGCCUUCGUCCAUCUCAUCAUUCCAGUAAACGCUCACACUCUUUUCAAAUCCGGCGGUGCAAAUCAUUGCUGCGAUGCGAUCUAGGUCAUAGACAAGCUCCACUAUUGUUUAAUCUUCGCCCUCUACAUUCGCCGGAAACAGACCUAUUAGCGGAUAUUUAAGUGCUCUCAAAAAUUUAUGGCGUCUAGGCGCCAAGUUCAUUACUCUCCACUUCCUGUUGAUGAAGAUGAUGAUGAUUAUGAUGGCAUUGGGGGGAGGCAUGACCCUCGGUUUGAGUAUAGUCCUGGAGCCUUUGAUAAAAUCCCUUGGAAAUCCAUAGCCCUUGCACUUUUUUUGCUCUUUCUUGGAUCUUUACUUCUCUUUCUUUCAUUCUUCAUCUUGACUGGCCACAUGGGUGGAGAGAAAUCCCAAGGCUAUGGUCUCUUGGCCCUUGGAAUCCUUGCCUUUCUUCCAGGGUUUUAUGAAACUCGGAUGGCAUAUUAUUCAUGGAGGGGUGCUAAAGGAUAUCGCUUUGCUUCUAUUCCAAGUUAUUAAGUGCGCCUUUAAGGAUUGCUCAUAGACCGCCUUGGCUAAUGCUAUCUAUGUAUGUAAUUAUUUAAGUAGAAUUAGGAUUAUAAAGUUGUACUCCAUCACAAAUAAAAUUAGUGGGGAUUGUAUCUAGUGAUAAAGAGUUUGUUUUCUUUGUAGCUUUGUUUUGAAUUCUGAUGGAUUGAUCGACUCAGAAAAAAAAAGUGUGACUUAAUUACCUUUGCUACAGUUGUCACUUUUGAGGAAAUUGUGGAUGCCUUUACAUUACAAUCUGCUGUACACUUUUCUAAACAAUGGACACAUUUUUCAUUACA